AUGACCCCUGGUGGCCUGCAGGGACCCACAGUAGUGGAUGCUGCUCUCUCAUUGGCUGGUGGGUUUUCCAUGUUUAUUCAGCUGAUGCCAAUCGUUGUGCUGGUCUUGGUCUCAAUCCUCAGCCAGCUGCUGGUUUCCACACCACCUUACAGCCUAUACUCCAGACCCUCCACAGGACAAACCGUUAAGAGACAAACAGAGAAUCUGCAUGUGGAAUAUUUUGUCACCACAGAUUUCAAAUCCGAAUAUAAGGGCUCAGCUUUGCUAAAGAUUGAGAAGAGCGUGGAGGAGGAUUACGUUUCUAAUGUGCGCAACAACUGCUGGAAGGAAAGGCAAACAAAAACAGACCUACUGUAUGCUGCAAAGGUCUACAGAGAUGAAAGACUACAGCGAAAGGCUGAGCUCAUGACUAUGGAGAACUGCAAAGAGCUGGACCGAUUAAAUGACCUGUUCCGUGGAGGAUAAACCUCAAAUUGAGACUAAUGGACCUUUAACACAAUAGGACCCCUUAUGUAUAAAUGUAUUAUUUGUUGUUUAUUUUUUAAACAUCUUUAUGUUAAAAGUCAAUCAUCUUUUAUUGCAAUAUGCAUUGCUUCUUAGUUACAGCAAAUCGUAAAAAGUACCAUCACUCCAUUUCUAUAAUCUUUAUCUCUUUAAUGUCUGACUUGAUUAAAGAGUGAAAUUCUACGUUUAGAUAUUUUACACUUUCUUUGAACCAAUUCUUUGUUCUUCAGAGUUUUAACAUAAGUAAUUACUCCAUGUCAGUGCUCUCUUGACAGGUUUUUAGGAAUUCUAAUCACUUUUUUUCUAAUCUGAAACUUUAUGAAACACAGAUCAGAUUAAAUAAAUGUUUUUAAAUGGAGGACUACUCUGUUUUUUCCAGAAUAUGAAUAUUAACUUCAAUAAUUUUUGUCCAUCCAUUGAAGUUUCACAGGUCAAAAUAUUUAAUAUAAAUCACUGAAUGAAUAAUGAACAACUUGCAAACGUAGAAAAUAGUGUAAAUGGCAGCCCUACAGUGAAUGAUUGAUGUAUGAGAUCAAAUCAGCUGUGGGUAAAUUUUUCGCCUUCUUUUUGCUUUUUGUGUUGCAAUUUUAGUUGUGAAGGCUUUCUGUGGAUGUACAGAAAUGAUGAGAGAAUAUUAAGAAAUAAAUGUAUUAUGUUCUGCAGAUGAUAUUACAUGAUGGUGAGUAAAUGAAGACAGACUAUUAUUUCUGGCAAAAGAAUGUAAAAAAAGAAUAAACAUCUUGAUAUUUCUGGACACAACAGGUAUUUCUUACAUGUGUUCUAAUAUGUUUUUUUAAUUAAACGUUACUUUAGAAAUGUUCUUAACCAUAAAAUGCAUUUGGGUAAAAAUAAAA